CACACCUCGGCAAGGUCUUUCUAACUCGGGACAGCCAAGUUCAAAGGAACUAAAGGACGCAAACUGCAAAAAGAGUUCCGAACCGAUACAGGAGGUGAAUCUUAACAACACAGUUGGCCUCUGAAACGACUACUUGAAACAGGGCCUGAGACUUGAAGGGGGAAAGAGAGGCAAUGGACCAACUGCUAGAACACCUGGAAUGUGAUCCAAGCGUGGAGACAAAAUGAUGGGUUGCAGCUAGAAGACAAUAAAACUAACAAUGGAGCCCUUAUAUGAGGAAUACUUGGCCAAUCACGGAACGAUAGUAAAACCUUAUUACUGGCUGAGUUUCUCUCUCGAUUGCUCUAAUUGUCCUUACCAUAUUCGGACGGGUGAAGAAGCAAGAGUUGCCUACACAGAAUUUUAUCAGAUUUUUGGAUUCCCUUAUGGGCCAACAUAUCCUCCAACGAAACACCUCACGUUCUAUGAGCUAAAAACUUCUUCUGGAAGCCUGGUGCAAAAGGGUCAUGCUAGCAGCUGCACUGGGAAUGAUACCCACCCGGAAUCAAUGUUAUUUGAGGUGAACGGUUACUUUGACUCGGCCAUACACAAAAACGACUGCAUCCGGCAUAUUAUUCUGUACUCCAGCAACUCCCCUUGCAAUGAAGCUAACCACUGCUGCAUCAGCAAAAUGUAUACCUUCCUGGCAAAGUAUCCAGAUAUCACUCUUAGUAUUUACUUUUCUCAGCUCUAUCACACAGAGGCUGAAUUUCCUGCCUCGCCGUGGAACCGCGAAGCUCUCCGGAGCCUGGCCAGUUUAUGGCCACAGGUCACUUUGAGCCCCAUAAGUGGUGGGAUAUGGUAUUCUCUCCUCAGCAACUUUGUGAGCAGUGUCCAGGGAGCAAGUGUUUUCCAGCCCAUUUUAACCGGGAGAGCUCUGGCGGACAGGCACAACGCACUUGAAAUCAACGCCAUAACAGGGGUGAAACCAUACUUCACCGAUGUUCUUCUCCAGGCAAAAGAGAAUCCGGACAUAAAAGUUCAGGCAGCUUUGGAGGGCUACCCCUUAAACAAUGUCUUUCCCAGGCAGUCUUUUCAAGUGACAAGCGGACAGCUGCAACCCAAUCUGACCCUCGACCCCAGGGUUCCUGUCGUAUUUGUGCUGGUGCCUUAUAGAGACCUACCACCAAUCCAUGUAGGACCAAGCCCACAUAAACCCAGGAAUAUCAUAAGGCAUUUAAAUGUGCCUCAAAUAUCAUUCCAGGAAACCGGUGAUCUCAGAAAGUCUCCCAUUGGCAUGCCAGUGGAGAGAGUAGAACUCACAGGACAGUUUGCAAGUAGCAAAGAAGCAGAUGAAAAGAAGAAGAAGAAGAAAGCGAAAAACUAAAAUCUGCAUUCUGACAACUGGUCAGGAGACCAAACUACUACCAGAGGACUUUGAUAGGCAGCAGAAAUCUGGAAACUUUCUCUCUUAGGUCUGAUUCAAGACAGAGAUAAACUGACACACUCAAAGCAAAACAUGAAUUGUUUAUUAUCUCAACUAUUACAAGGCUACAUUAUUUCUAAAAUAAUCCAAGAUGUUUCCAUAAGCAACUUGUUCUCUCUCCUUUCCUUUGAAAGUGACAGUAUCAAAAUGGAGCCAUUAGUAACUUGCUAAUAUUCUGAUGUGGAUAAGAAAAUGUCAUUAUUCUACACUACCCACAUCAUCUUUCCACUAAAAAAGCCCAUGGACUAAAUAGCUUCCUAAAUUUGUUU